AUGCGAUCGGUGAAUACGUGCUUAAUGGGGAGAAUAUUUGAUGUUACAAUAGAAAUAAGGCAUGGAAGUGUUUUAAACCAGACAGAUGCAGAGGUUAUAGUAGUGGAUGAUUAUUCUCAGAGUCUUUUUAGGGAUGCAAGACAAAGAUAUGGAAAACCUUUUGAAAUGCAGCUAGCUAAGAGAAAUGAAAUGAUCCUUGAAGUAUCUUUAAGAGAUCAAGGAGAGCAAAAAUCAAUAUAUUCUAUUGAUUCAGCAAAGUGGAAAGGAGAUGCCUUAAACUUAUUAGAGUUUGACGGCUUGCCUAUUGGUAACGCAAUGACCAAAGAUCUCUGGAGGGAUCCACCCUCUUUGCGUGUCUCCAGGGAGAAUUUGCUCAAAUAGAUGAUGAUACUAAGAUAAGCAAGGCUUGGGCAUCACCUUCUUCUGCGGCUACUGCCAUGCCCAUCUGAAGUAUAAUUCUAUGUCUGCGUUUUUUUCCUUGGCUUGCAAGCCCCAGUGUUGAGUGAGAAGGCUAUGAGCUUCUGUUGUUUUUGUAGCCUGUAUUGAGCGAAGGUUGUAUAAAUAAAAAUCAAUGGAAUCAACUCUUGGCAAAAAGGAAUAAUUAAAUGCUUGAAGCGUAAUUCUCAGUUUCGAGCAAGAAAGUUACACAAUAAGUCUAGCUGUUGCCUGCAGACGAUGCUGGGCUUUCCAUUUCCAACUCUAAAGCUCAUCUUCUCUUGAGGUAAAAAUCCAAUCCAGAAAGUGGACUAGGGCUAGGCUCUGAACAUUCCCAGAAUUGCUUACUUAGCGCAACUGUCAAGUUCUGGGUUGGCAAAAACAUUUUGGAUAUAAUUAAAUAUGUGCUCAGGUCUGCGUUGCCGAGGCAAUACGCAGUCGAGACACCGAUUAUUAUUUAUGGAGAGGAAAUGAUAAAAUCAUACAAAUCGUUUUUAACUUACUUAAAAAAGCUCAUAGUGGGGGGAAAUCAUCAAUUGCUAUCCCAGCAAUAAGUCAACCAGCUUUAAAUGUUAACCAUGAUACCAUCAAGCAGCACAUUGAUGCCUAUAUUAUUUUUGCAGGAAAUUAUUCUGUUCAAAACUCAGGAUCUUUAAAAAAAGUCAUUUUUAGCCUAUUUAGUGAUAAAGAAUUGGAAGCUUUUCUUGAUGCUUUACUUGAGAAAGAAGAAUUGCUUCAUUUUAUGCAUUUUUAUUGCAAAGACAAACAAUCUGAAAUUGAAUUGAGAGAAGAGGGAAAAAAAGUGCAUGAAGAAUCCAAAGAACCUGUUUUCAAUCCUAUCUCAUAUACAGAGCCCGUUAAUCUCCCAUUGCAGACAGCUAAUCAAGAUCAGUGCUUAAUAUGCAAUUUAAAAUUCGAGGAAAAUCAAGUGGGCUUUUUUUUUCAAUGCUGUAAGAUAUGCAACUUUUGUGUUUUCAAAAAGAAGUUUUAUAGAUGUCCAAACCAUAAUACAGAAUUCUUGAGUCAAUAUCAUGAAUGGUAUAACUAUAUUGAUAGUUGCUUUUUCUGCCGGCAUUGCAAUCAAUUGUUCCAAAUGGAGCAAUUCUGCCAAAGUUGCCAUGAUAUUUGCUUUAAUUGCGUGCAAUUAUAUAAUGUAAAUACCUCUCGAGAAUAUUGAUUAUAUUAGAUUAGAUUAAACUUUAGAAUGGGUCUUCAGGGUUUCUUUUAGUACUCCCGCCUUCACCGACUUCAGGCUUCCCGUCAUAAGCAUCGGGCUGCACUUACACCCUUUUCUGUUGAUGUCGCCAAAUAAUGGUGACAUCUAGAUCUCUCGGUACCCAGACACUUCCUUGGAAAAACUCUUAGCAGUCAGCACCAUCUACCCGAGAUGGAAGGCAAGAGGCGAUCCUGAAUCCGCCUCUGGUCUCCAUUACCCUUCGCAACUAGAAGUAAGUAAGGAGUUGUCAUGUGGACUCUGGUCUACAUUUCAAUGAGUCGAGGCAAAAAGCCUGUCGUGCUGUUCCGAUAGGUAUAAAAAGCCUGCCCGUGCAUAAUUUCCAGGCCCCGUCUCUCUUAAAACCACAAGCCCCGAGGGUGUGGGAGAAGGACGGGUCGGAUAAGUCAUCAUUUUCUUUGUGUGAUGUUCAAGAGUAUUGAAGAUGCCCAAUUUGCGAUAGUAUGGCUCAAAAUUAA